GCUCACUCUCUGCGCUCCGCUCUCACUCACAGUCUCAGUCUCUCCCUCACACACACUCUCACAAACAGUCUCGGCCAUCAAUAGCUUGAUUGAGGAAGCCAUUGUUCAAGCUGAGAGAAAGGGUGCCAAAGUUAUAACUUAUAACUGUCCAACUCCAAGGCGUUUUCUGCAAUCCGCCGCUUGUGCCAAGCGACCAAGCGACCAAGCGACAGCAACGGAGAAGCACAGAGGAGGAGGAUGGAGAGUAAAGUGGAAGUAGACGAAGCGCCGCAGCCGGAGCUCCAAUCCACCGCCGCGCAGCCAUCACCGGCCUCUUGAAUCAGGAGGCACUAGAGUAAAUUUGCAACGCCAAAACCCUAAUUGAAGACUUGUCUCAUUUUCUCACUUUGGUAGUCUGGUUUGGUUUCCAUCGAAUCGAAUAUUUUCGGAAGGGAAUUCUCCCAUUUCGAACAAGCAGCAGCAGCAAUGAGCAAAUCACAAGGUUUCUCGUCGUCACGUCUCAUCGUGAAACAAGGCAUUAAGAAACCCAGCAAAGCCCCACUCCCCUUGGCCCGGAAAAUCUCCACUCGGCCACACUUUCCCGCCACCCCUCAGCCACCGAAAUGGUCGUUUUCUAGCAAGAUCCCUUAUUCAACAGUGUCAUCCAGAGCGGCCCAAGACCUUCUGGCGGAGGUGGAGAGAGAAAAGCAGAGAGAACGAGAGCAGAGGAAGAGGGUGGGGCUGGACACCAAAGACAUUGACCGAGAAGAUGAGGAGGACUACAUGGGCGUUAUGCCAUUGAUCGAGAAGCUCGAGAAGGAGAAGCUCAAGGACACCGGAGACUUGAACUUGUACGAGGAGCCCACCGAUUCCGAUAGUGACGAAGACGAUGAGAGGUUCACUCCUGAUGCCGUCAAGAAGAGGUUUGAUGAGUUUCAGAGGAAGUUCACACGCCACGAGGAGUUGCUCAACAACUUCACCGAGGCUGAGACACUUGAUGAUGCUUAUAAAUGGAUGAAUAAAAUUGACAAGUUUGAGCAAAAACAUUUCCGCCUUCGCCCCGAAUAUAGGGUCAUUGGUGAGUUGAUGAACCGUCUCAAAGUAGCUGAGGGAAAGGACAAAUUCAUCCUCCAGCAGAAACUAAACAGGGCUAUGAGAUUGGUGCAGUGGAAGGAAGCCUACGAUCCAAACAAUCCUGCCAAUUAUGGAGUCAUCCAACAUGAGCAAGUGGAGCCCUCAGUUGAUUUAUUGGAACAUGCUGGGUUUGAAAAACAAAAGCAAAUUAUACAAGGAGUUGACGACGACAACGAAGAAGAAUUUAAUGACAUGAAGGAGAAAGAUGACAUACUGUUAGAGAAGCUUAAUGCCAUUGACAAAAAACUCGAAGAGAAGCUAGCAGAGUUAGAUCAUACAUUCGGGAAGAAGGGUAAGGUUCUAGAGGAAGAGAUCAGAGACCUAGCAGAGGAAAGAAAUGAUUUGACAGAGAAGAAGAGGAGACCUCUCUACAGGAAAGGGUUUGAUGUUAAAUUAAUCAAUGUGAACCGAACUUGUAAAGUAACAAAGGGGGGGCAAGUGGUCAAGUACACUGCCAUAUUAGCUUGUGGCAAUUAUCAUGGUGUUGUUGGUUAUGCUAAAGCAAAAGGCCCAGCAGUCCCUAUCGCUCUUCAGAAGGCAUAUGAGAAAUGCUUUCAGAAUCUCCACUACAUUGAACGACACGAGGAGCAUACAAUUGCGCAUGCAAUACAAACAAGUUAUAAAAAAACAAAGGUGUAUCUCUGGCCUGCACCCACUAGGACAGGUAUGAAAGCAGGAAGAACUGUUGAAACCAUUCUAAACUUAGCUGGUUUCAAAAAUGUUAAGUCUAAGGUUGUAGGCUCAAGGAAUCCUUAUAACACAGUCAAGGCUCUCUUCAAAUCCCUUAAUGCGAUUGAAACUCGAAAGGAUGUUCAAGAUAAGUUUGGCCGCACUGUUGUUGAGAAGUACCUUCUGUGACCGAUGUGCUUUAUGGAAUAAUUCUUUAGGCCGUCUCAAAGUUUUGCACCCCUUUCGUUUCUCCUUUCACACUAUUGGUAAAAUAAUGCUAGGGAGCUUAAAUUUGUAGACAAAAGUUUGCACACUAAAUGUUAUGGAAGUUAAUGAUUGGUUACUUGGUAAAUCUUUUUGAAAAAGGAACAUGAGUGGUUCUUUCAAGAGUCACUCAACAUCAGUGGUUCUUUCAAGAGUCACUCGUCUGUUUAAGACCCACAAAGGAACACUUUACCUAGUGAUUCUUGAUUCGUCUUGGAUGAAAAGUUUAAAAUGUGAAAAAUGAUUUUCACAUAUUUUGUUUUC